AUGUACGAUGGUAUGCCUGAAGACGCUCGCUCGCAGUACCAGGAGGAGGCUCGCGAGUCGAGAAACCGGUCGGCUAUCCAGUCAAGCGACACGUUUCUCUCCUCGCCGGCUUACAACACGCCUCGUGCCCGCCCUCCCCCUCCCGCCCCCGUCACUCCCUACGACGCUUCCUCAAGCAUUCCCUAUGAUUAUAGCAGGAGCGAGGGAAGCAGUGGGAGCGGUAGCAAUGCUGGCGAGGGGGAGUGGGCAGGGGGCAUGGAGGCGUGGGAAGCAGAAGCAAUGGCGGAGGCUGAGAGGAUGGCGGCCAGGCAGGCAACUCUCUUUUCAGAGGAAGCUGAGCUGGAGCUAGAGAGAAUCAAAUCCCUGCUGGCGUCAAGGGAGGAGGAGCUUGCAGUCAUAAUGCGUGAGAUGGAGGAGGCAAAGGCGCAGUUCCAUCUUAUGAAAGCCAACGCAGAGAGUGAGCUGGCGCUGGCACGGCAGGCCGUGCUGGAGAGAGACGUUAAGCUGGAGGCCGCUCAGCAGGCCAUGGGGGCGCUAGUGAAGGUGGUGGUGGAGUAUUGGGGAGAGGGCCACGAGGUGCUGCUAGCGGGCAGCUUCAACGGGUGGCAGAGCCACGUGCCGCUGGUGCCUGAUGAGAGCUCACACAUCCCCAACCACGAUGGCAGCAGGGGCGCUAUGAUUUGGUCUUGCACUCUCUGGCUCUAUCCAGGCCACUAUCAGGUCAAGUUCAUCGUGGACGGCAGAUGGACGCUCGAUCAACGGAGGGCGGUGGUGGAGGGCAACAUGGGGCAGAAUAAUCUUUUGAUUGUGAACUGGGAGGAUGACGGGUCGAGCAGUGAUGGUGGCUCCCACAUGGCUAGCAACACUUUCCCACCCACAUUUUUGCGAUAA